AUGGAACACUACCAUUCAGUCCUGAAGGUUCUAGAGCCAGUUGAGGGUGAGGUUUCGGUCGAUGUUGUGUUUGUUCCGGGUCUGGGAAAAGAUCAUUCGGAAUAUUGGGGCUCUGGUCUUGACAACCUUGAUUCCUAUCUGCCCUCCGGGACAUUCACUUCCUCUGUGAGGAAGCGAGUUUCGAGAUUCAACUACGCUGUUGCAAAUAACUUUGGUGGCAUAUUUACCAGGAAGGGCGUUAGGCGUCAAGCGCUACGUCUUCUUGACGCCCUGGUUGAACGAAGGACGAUUAACGGAGAGGCGCUCGCUCUGGCCGGCCAAAGCUCUGGGAAAUAUACCAGUGUCUUUCUGCAUACUAAUGCUAUUGUAUUCUUGGGCUGCCCGCAUCGAAGCAAUGGACCUUAUGAGCUGAGGAAAGAUUUGGUCAAGCUCCUGAAUCUUCAGAUUUUCGGAUCCAUCAGUGAAUCAGAUUCUUGGGCAGUUACCUAUGGAAUGCCAGAUUGGAUCCGAGAUGUCAACUUUGCUUUCGCUGAGUCGAGACUAUCGAUUUGGGCCGGAGUGAUUAGCGUCUUCUCAUGCUAUGGCGAACCAUCUCUAAGAAUCUUUGACGAAUCCGUGGCCACAAUGGAACUCCCAUUCGAAGCACGCCUAAACCUAGGGGUCGAAAUGUCCCACCAGAAUCUGGUACUUGCCUGUGAAACUAUCGGCUUCAAUGAUCUGUUAAAACGGAGUUUAUGGCCUUGCGGUGAUGACCAACGCUACAUUUUAUCUCUCGCGUCCCAAACUCCUCCACAAUAUUCGCUGAAUGCGUCAUCUAAAGAUCUCAGACAGUACGAAUGGAUCACCACCGACAAAAAUUUCCAGGCAUGGAAGGAAACUGAUGGAAUACAACUCCUUCUGAUUCGUCUCGACGCUGUCGAGGCUGCCACUGAAGCAGCGGAAUCCUUAUUCCACUUCCUGGACGACAGCAAAGCGUCAGGGCGCCAAGGUGCGAGUUGUCUCUACUACGAAUUCAUUCCGUCCGACAUACGGCUCAACUCCAUCGAGUCCAUGCUGUAUCUAUUCUUGGCUCAGAUGCUUUCCCGAUGUCACAACGGCCAAGGCGAGCAAGCGACCAUCGGGAGAAGGCUGGUGGGGUUUCUGGACAAAUUCGCAUGGUUGAACCGAGAAGACCUGCUUGUGAUCUUCAUGGAGAGCCUCCUUGACCUUGGCACAAGAGAUCAAGGCGUUGUAUUGGUGCUGGGGAAUCUACAAGACAAUAUUACCUCGUGCGACUGGUUCCUGAGUAAACUCAACAAGCUGGCCGAGGAAUGCGAGGCCAGAAUCAAGGUCAUCAUCACCACUCUCAAAGUUGCACAGCCAGAACAAACAGCACUCUGGCCAGAGGUUGGCGUCGAGGUUGAAGCGAGUCGUCAGCCCGAGCAUCAAGAUUGUACCAAAGUCCCAGAGCAAACUGCCAACGAAACUGCCUCGAAAAAUGUGGAGAAGACCGAAAUCAUUCAUCGACCAGAUCAGAGGGACCUGGCUGGACAUCUCGACAUUGACUUCUUGAGACUGGCACAGACUAUUUCAAUGACAGAAAAGGCUCAUACCCUGCUUUCGCAUCUCCUCCAAGCUUGCAGGGGAGAUAAUGAUUUGCGAUUGAUGGUGAUCAACUGGUCCAGAACCUGGCAAUCUGAUACGUGUCUGAAUACUCCGGCCCUACGAGAGCUUCGAUCGAGCAAUGUCACCCCCGAGGUGGUGUUCAAAGCCAUUCUGUUCUCUCUACCUCUGGCCACAGACCGGUUCUUACAUGACAUUUUGAACCUAUUGCUCUACUCGAUUCGCCCAUUGAGCGUUCUUGAGCUGAAUGAUCUAGCCCGACGCAACGGGGAACAGGCCGAGAACUUCGAGCUACUCGAGACACCGACCCUCAGCUUACAUCCAAGGUUACAGUCCACCUUGGGUGGUCUAGUACAGGCCAACGGGUACGAGGUCCAAUUUGCCCAUAGAGACCUUCGUCGAUAUCUAUUGGCCGACGAUUCUCCACUCACAACUCCCACAUGGAAGGCUCACCAGGAGAUAGCAGACUUCUGCCUCAAACACAUCAUCAGCCUUCGAGGUGGUGAUUCCGUUACAGAUGAGUGGCCUAGAGGCAGGGCGGCUAUUGCGGUCGAACAGCGACACACCUUUUUGCACUACGCGGUGCGAUGGUGGCCUCGCCAUGCUCGGCUGUCUGAGGCUGGAAGACCGUACUGCACCAAUCAGUUUCUCGACUUCUGGGACAACGGUCCUUUAGCGGACUGGGCCAAGAUGCACUGGGAGCUCCAAAACCCUUUUACCCGGGGCAGCAUUACGGAAGACAACCCUCUUGCCAUUCUCGCUGCCAAUGGUCUUUUAGAAGCGUUGUUCCAGGUGAACAAUGGACAACUCCAAUGUUGGUCAAAAACGUCUGAUGGUCUGUUUUACCACAGGCUCAUCCAAUCAGUUGAAGCGGCAGCGGGAAACGGUGAGCUCGAGACUGCUCUGGGAGUCAUCGAGAAGCUAGGCUCUCUUCCUGAUUCUUGGGAUAAUGUGAUGCUUGCCGCCAUCCAGUUAGGCAAUCGAAAAGCAGCGACGGAAUUGAUCAGCCUUGGUCUUCGAAACCUGGAGAACGUUCAAGACCCAACUCUCCUCCUGUGUCGAGCAUCAUCGCUUGGGGAGACCACUGUUGUGAAAGAGAUUCUACCUCUGACAAUCGAGACAGACCAACAGAAUGCGACGGUUGCUGGACUGACUGCUCUGCAGCACGCCUGUUCCAGAGGCAAUCUCGAGGCAGCAAAACUCCUUGUCAACUAUGAUGACAUUUUCUUCAAGACUGAACACAAGGAGACGGCUCUGGAACUUGCCUGUAGAUUCGGGCAUACUGAAAUUGUCGACCUAUUGACCAAGGCCGCUGUGUUUCGUUCCGAGGUGGCUGACGUGGCAGACGUGUUUGAAGCGUGUGCAGCGCUUGCGAUCAAAUUCGGACAUCAUCGUAUCCUGGACCAGGUCUUAACGGCUUUAAAACAGGCAGAGUUCGAGGAGGCAGCUGUCGUGGAUUGGGUAACUGCAGUAAUCACCAUGAAACGACACAAGUGCUGGAACGUUCUCUGGAGCCAUAUCGGGGACCUUGUCAAUCCGGAGGAGAACAGUUUCCUCGACGCUUUGAAGAGCGCAAUUGAGUCUGGGUUCUCACUGGCAUAUGGUGACAUGUUAAAAGCCGAAGGGGCACUCGCAGGGGGUGCCUAUGACCAAUUGCUCGAGUGUGGCAUCGUAUUGGACUGGGACCUACAAGCCAUCGACGCGAUCCUCACCGCUAGCCGUGAACACUGCUCUCCAGAAGAGCAUGCCCAGAUGCUUGAGGACGCCAUUCAUGUCGCGGUGGCGCAACAACGAGAAGAAACCUUGCGCCUGCUUGUCCGCGAGGGAGCGCCGCUCGACAAGCGAGAUUGGAAUGGUGCCACUCCAUUAUUUCGCGCGGUAUAUGCUCGAUGCUCUGGAAUUGCUCGCAUUCUGAUCGAGGCGGGAGCAGACCUAGAGGUGCUAGACGAUGAUGGUGAUUGGCGGCCGAUUCAUGCUGCCUACGACGAUGCAACUACCACACGUUUGUUGAUCCAGAAGGGAGCAGACAUCAAUGCUAAGACAAAGAAUGGAUGGACCUGUCUCUAUUAUGCAGCAAAGUGGGAUAAAGAAGAGGUUCUGGAGGCACUACUCGAGCACAGACAAAGAAUCAAUCCCGAUGCCAUACAGGAGGCUUUGAGCGCGGCCGUCUCCAAGCUGAACACUCGAUGCGUCGGCCGCCUCUUGAGCGCGGGGGCAGAUCCUCGGAACCUUCCUUCGCAGGGCUGCGAGGAACUUAUGAAUGCCGUCAAUGGGGGUGCAAAAGACAUUGUGAAAAUGCUGCUAGAGUUCAACCUGGAUCUGGAGAAGGCUAAGGACGUGUACGGGUACUCGGUCUUGAAUCGAGCCGUUCUCCUCACCCGCCGUGAAGACGAUGAGUCCAUUGUCAAAUCGUUCGUCAACAGAGGAGCCGAUCUAGAAAGUGCCAGCAAUGACGGCUACACGGCUCUUUGCAGUGCGGCAUGGCAAGAUAACUUGGAGAUCGCUCGGUACCUGAUCCUCAAAGGCGCGAGGAUCAACAUCACUGGCGGUCCACAUGGCGGGCCGCUCAUACGUGCCUGCCGGAUGGCGUCCUUGGACAUGGUCAAGCUCUUGUGCAAGCAUGGCGCAGACACCAACAUCGUCCAUCCGGGUGUUAACGGCACGCCACUUCAAGCGGCGCUGCUGCGCGACCCGGGCCCAGAAAAAGAUAGCAUCAUCAAGUACCUGCUUGACGACGCCGAGGACAAGGCUGACGCCAAUCUGACAAGCAACUGGUGGGGAGGGCCCCUGAGCGUGGCGGUCCUCAGCGGCACCAUGGAAGUGAUAAGGCUGCUGUUGGAAAGGGGUGCAAAGGUCAACAGCGUUGACAGGGUCGGCCGCCAGGCUAUCCACUAUGCUCUCUACCGAUCGAUCGACCGGGUGGAGCUGCUGUGCCGACCUGAACAUGGCGCGCAGCUUUUCGAACCUGACAAGAUGGGCAGGGGCGCUCUCCAUCUUGCGGUUGUCAGUGGUCGUCUCGAUCUAGUUCGGUAUGUCCUAGACAAGGCCAGAGAGAGAGGUCUGGAUGUUGUCAACUCCAAGGACAGGGAUCAAUGGACACCGCUCCUCUGGGCCAUGCGAAAAUGCACUUUCUGGGAUGCCCAGUCUGAUAACAGACAAGAGAUCCUCGAAGAACUGCUCCACCACGGGGCAGAUCUCUUCGCGGAAGGUCUGGGUCUUGACCGGAAGUGGACAGCGCUGAAGCUCGCGAACCACUACAACCUGCCUUCCAGUAUCAUCGCUUUCCUGGAGUUGCGUGCCGCCGCAUUGAAUCGAACUUGGGAUAGUUCGUCACGGCAUGCGAGAAGAGCCAAAACUUGUAGGGAAAAUUACUACUGCGACUCAUGUUUAAUCGUAAGUGAUGGCCCCAAGUCCAUUGCCCCCUAUUUACCCAAGUUCAAUGCACGACCAAAGAUGUUUGCUGACAAACGAGACAACGCCGUAGCUUGUGGUCGGAGUGUAUUACCGGUGUGA